AUGUUUCAAGAAGGAUUUGGAGAAGUAAAAGGGUCUGCAGUUUUAAUUCAACAAAUAUUGCAAAUAUUUUAUCAAAUCCAGCAACUUCAAUAUCAACUCCAGAUACUCUUAUUAAAAAAAGAUGAUGGGAAAAUUGAUUUUCAAAGAUUUCGUGCAAUAAAUAAUCAACAAGGGGUAAUGGGCGGUAUAGCACAAAAGAUUCCAAUUCCAGCUGAUUUACCUAAUUCUAGAGGACCAUGGAAAGAAAUUGGAAACUGGUAUCGUAAACAACACAUUGGUCGAAAUAAUUUAUGA